GAGUGGCAAGUCCAGCAGUAGGAAUGCAGCUUUCAAGUACUAUAAAUAUUGACGUUAAUGCCAACUAUUUCCCCCCUUUCCAUCUUUCUGGUAGUUGCAACUAGCUUAUUUCAACUAGUGCCCAUAACCUUCAUCAUUAUAGAAGGCUUUUGCUGCAUGACAAGAUGAAAACUCAUGAGAACAAGACUUUAGGUGAUCACCCGAAUGAUGGGAAUGCAUGUCAAAAGGAGAUUUUCAUCCCACUCCAUAUGCUUAACUCGUCAGCUGGAUCGAGUCAAGACACGCCAAAUACUAAGCAGUUAAGGAAGCCAUAUCUUUUAUCUGAGAUGGGAGCAAGAAACCAGGAUAUCUCCUCUCAGGAUUUCGUCCAAAUAAAAAUGCCACCCUCUCCUACUUCCAGCCUUAAGAAAGUUAAUAUUAUCCCAAAGCCUAGUCCUUCUAAUGCCAAAACGAAUACAUCUCCUGGUCCAUCCUUGCCCAAAGCUAAAACAUCCACCAAGCAUAUUCUUCCAAAGCGGAGCGUUAAGUACAAAGUUUCUAGCUCAGAUAUGGAGAAGGCUGCCAGUCUAGGUCCAGGUGAACCAUCUGAUAAACCUUCUAUAUUAAGAUCUUGGUCACUUUCGAAAAUAUUUACUCCAAAGAUGAAUAGGACAUCGUCUCUACCUCUACCUCCAAUUGCUCGUGCAAAUUCAGAAACCAUAUGUGGAGGAAACUUACUACCGGUAAGUUCAGUCCUUCGUGCAAACUCAGAAUCUAUAUGUGGAGAAAACUUUGCACCUGUAGCUACAGUUCCUCAUGCAAACUCAGAAACCACGCGUGAGGGAAACUUGCUACCUGCAAAUCCAAUAUCUCGUGCAAACUCAGAAACCAUAUAUGGAUCCAACUUUACUGGUACACAGAAUACCAAAGGAGCUCACAGUCACAUAGCUCGGUCGCUUUCAGUUCCUUCUUUAAACAAGUUAACAAGCACUAGGAAAAUGGAUUCAUUUAUCCGUGUAAUUCCAUCACCUCGGACGAGAGACAGAAAUCAGACUUCAACUACAGCCGCAGCAGAAGAUGAUGAGAAUUACGAGACUGAUGGCGAAGAUAUACCAGAAGAAGAGGCUGUUUGCAGGAUCUGCCUAGUCGAAGUAUGUGAAGGGGGAGAGACCCUCAAGUUGGAAUGCAAUUGCAAAGGUGAACUUGCUUUGGCUCACAAGGAAUGCGCAAUAAAAUGGUUUAGCAUAAAAGGUUGCAAAACCUGUGAAGUAUGCAAACAUGAAGUUAAAAAUCUACCAGUCAAGCUCCUACGGGUUCAAAGUGUCCAAAACCGAAAUACUGGAGCAAUUGGAGCCCCCUACAUGGAAGUUAAUGGAUUCAGUGAAUUCUACAGGGUUUGGCAAGAGGUGCCAAUUCUUGUCAUCGUCAGCAUACUUCUGUACUUUUGUUUUCUUGAAGAACUCCUGGUAGAAACCACAGAUAUGGGCAUGGGUUCAGUAGCUCUAUCUAUUCCAUUUUCUUGUAUACUCGGAUUCCUUGCUGCCAUGACCUCUUCAACCAUGGUCAAGGGAAGAUUUGUUUGGCUUUACGCAGCAAUGCAAUUCUCGCUCGUAGUUAUAUUUGCACACCUUUUCUUCUUCAUGGUGCAUAAGGAACCCAUUCUGUUGAUUAUUCUAGCAACAUUUGCCGGAUUUGGUGUUGCAAUGGGGGGUAGCAUUAUUUUUUUCGAGCUCCUCAAAUGGAGAAGGAGGUUGCACGUCUCGUCAAAUUAGCCCCACGAUAUUCUCUCUGAAAAAAGAAAACGGACAGAAAUUUUAGAAACUGUAAAGAGGAUGGUGUUACAUAGAUAAAAGUCUCAAUUCGUGUUUUUCGAACUAAUCAGCCUCUGAUAGAACGAGUGUUAUUGCAGCUGGAGUUCACUGUCCGCUAUAUUAUCAGACAGAUUAAGGAUAUAAGUGUUUUACUAUAGAGUGCGAGGUUGAGAUGAUUUAGGCUUGUAAGUUCCAAGUUUCCUACGACCUUAUACUGUUAGGAACAUUUGUUUAGUGAGUGAAGAGUGUAAGGUGCUGCUUAAGCCUGCGAUGAGAUUUUUUUCUCAAGUCAGGGAAACUACACUCUAUUCGUUGAAGUUUGGGUAAUUUCUGUAUAUUUAAUGCUCGUCGAUGACAAAUAUGUUUGAUUUGGUUUGAUUAGUCGAAGCUCGACUGUUCCGCUA